AUGCCGCGUGACAUGUCCGGCACGGGCCGGUACCACCCCCGCACGCGCUACGAUCCCUUCGCGUUCUACUCCUGCGCCCGGCUCGGCGACCCGGACAUGCUGCGGCGCAUUAUGUCGGUCGACUGCUACUAUAUCACACAGGACGAGGGCGGCGGCGCACCGGUGCAUUUCGCCGUCACCUACGCGCAGCUCGAUAUGGUCCACCACCUGCUGAACAACGGCGCGGAGGUAAACCAGCGGGACUACACGCGCGGGUACACGCCCCUGCACCGCGCGGCGAUCGUCGCGCACUACCCCGGCGGCCCGGAGAUGUACGAGUAUCUUCUGUCCCGGGGGGCCGACCCGUCGAUCCUCACGGACGACUACGACCCCUACCUCGACCCUGGCCGGAAGCGGCCCCACGAGCUCGCGGAGGACUUCAUGCGCGACAGGCUCCUCGAGCUGGAAAAGCGGUACGCCGCGACGCCCAAGGCCCGCGAGCCGCACAAGGACAUCGGUGACUUCUGGGCCUUGUAUGACUACGGCCCUGACGUGGUGGCGUCCUGGGACCGCGACUUCGUGCCCGCGUACCCGGAGGCGGUCCGGAACGAGCGCGAGGCGGCAGCCAAGGCGGCGCGCAAGUCGCAGCGCCGCCUGCGUCGCCUGGCGCUGGCGCGUGGCGAGGACUUUGUUGACGUUGCGACCUCGCCGGUCUGCUUCCUCUUCCCCGGACAGGGAUCGCAGGCGGUGGGCAUGCUCAAGGAGGUCCAGGACCUCCCGGCGGUGCGUGCCAUGCUCGACAAGGCGCACGCGGUCCUCGGCUACGAUCUCCUCGACGUUUGCCUCAACGGACCGAAGGCGAAGCUCGACGCGACGGAGCACGCGCAGCCCGCGUUGCUGGUCGCGGCGCUGGCCGCGGUCGAGAAGCUCCGCGCCGAGGACCCGCGCACGGUCAAGCACUGCGCCGCCGUCGCCGGGCUGAGCGUGGGCGAGUACCCCGCGCUUGUGUUCGCGGGCGCGAUGAGCUUCACGGAUGCGCUGAGGGUCGUGGCGGCACGCGCGGCCGCGAUGGCCGAGGCGGCCGCGGCGGGCGAGCCCCACGGGAUGCUCUCGGUCACCGGGCUCACCGACGACGUCGUGGAGCGCGUGGCCGCGGACGCCCGCGCGCAGGUCGGCGACGGCGUCGUCUGCGAGGUCACCAACCGCCUGUUCCCGCAGGGCCGCGUGAUUUCCGGCCACACCAGGGCGUUGGAGGUGGCGAAGCAGCUCGCGGACGGCCAGGGCGCGCUCAAGACGCAGAUGCUGGCGGUCGCGGGAGCCUUCCACACGUCGCUGAUGGCGCGGGCGUCCGAGGCGAUCGCUGGCGCGCUCGAGGGCGUGGCCGUCGAGAUGCCACGGAUCCCCGUGAUAUCGAACGUGACGGGGAGGCCGUUCGAGUCCGCGGAGGAGAUCCGUGCGCUGCUGAGGCGGCAGGUGGUGCAGCCGGUGAUGUGGGAAGACUCUGUGCGGUAUCUGCUGGGGGAGCGGAAGACGGAGAUGUACGAGCUGGGCCCGGGGAAGCAGGUCCGCGCGAUGGUCAAGCGCCUGGACACCACCGCGUGGAAGGGAAUGAAGAACGUGGAGGUUUAA